GUAAAAAACAAAAGCAGAAUAAAAACCCAGUAAUUAUGCAAUAAAACAUUCAGUGGAAUUUGGCUAGUUUUCAUACCGAAUAAAGAAUGUUUCAAGGGCCUGAUUAUACUCGGAAUGUGUCAAUGAGACUGUCAGAAAUUCUUGCUGACAUUGGCGUGAAUGAGAGAAUAGUGUUAAAGAGAAGAAGAGCCUUGCUGCUGAUAGAAUCUUUGAGCCAUACGUCACAACAAUUACAAGAUUGGAAUAUUUUUAUAUAUAAAUUAGGAAGUCAGUCUGAAGGGACAACAACACUAGGACUUAACUCAGACAGUGACAGUCUUUAUUGUAAUAACGACUUCAGUGUUAUAAAAGACUGGAGCGGUUGGGAGCCUGGUGUAUGCAGUCUGUUAAUGAUCCAGGAUGAGAUGGUUUCGCCUGGCUAUUGCCUACUACAAUGCCUAAGAAAUGACUCUCCUCAUCCAUACAAUAAUGUACGUAAUCACUUUCACUUCAAAGACAGAAAAGGAAGAAUACUGAUGAAGAACACAAUCAUACCUGCUUCAACAGCUAAUGUAGGAGGAGUAAGACAUGGUCCAGCACAGGCACUUCAAGGGAGACCAGGGCUUACUGAUGACGACCUUGUUGCUGCUUUCCCUUGUAAAACUCCUCUACAAACUUUGCGAGGGUUAGACUGGCCUGGUGUAGGUCAAUGGCCUUCAAAUAACAUGAGGAGAUAUUGCAACAAUUCUAGAUGUUUUGUAGUUGCUGUUGGAAGCAAGGACAGUGAAAUAGAGGAGCUAGAAUGGAGAAUAUCAACACCUCUAGCAGAACGGUGUUUAAUUUUCAAUCUCAAUAUCACACAGAUUCGGUGCUUCAUAUUGAUGAAGAUGAUAUUAAAAACCUACUUCAAGCCACAAUUCGGAGAUACUGUUUCAAGUUUCAUGUGUAAAACAGUGCUGUUCCAUUGUAUUGCAAAUACUCAUUCUAACAUAUGGAGAGAAUAUAACUUACUUGUUUGUCUGUCAUUGUGUUUUUGUAGCCUGUACAAUAGUAUUUUAAAUGAAAAUUGUCCCCAUUUUUUCAUACCUGAAAACAACUUGAUGAGAGGGCACAUUCCUCAUGAGUUUAAACCUCACAUUCUUGACAUAUUGCAGCACAUUAUAAACAGUAAAGGAACGGCAUUACUGAGGAUUGAGUGUGUUAAAAUUGGCACGAGGCUUCAGUUUAAGUUGAAUGGAAUGUUAUCAUUGCAAUUGAGUGAUAUUGUUUCAGGACAUUUGAUAAAACUGAGUGCAGAGUCCUUUCAUACGGAAAUAUGGCAUUGUCUAAAGCAUUAUAGAAACAGUAGUUAUCAAGUAGUUAUAGGAGCACUGCUGAAGCAAAUUUUGAAACUAGUCAUUAUUUCUAAUCAAGGUCAUGGAUUAGACAAACUGUCAUGCUGCCUCCUUGCACCACCGUUCUGUACAGCACCAGGAUCUGUCCUAGCCUCCCUCAGCAUUCAACAGUAUAAUUGUAUUUCAGCUGAAGCUCUCACCUGGAUCUCGAUGGGCCUAAACGCAGAUGUUGCAUCUGGUAAACUGAAGCUAGCAUCAAUGUUUUACUGUUUUAGGGAUGCUCAAAGAACUGAAAUUGUUCUCGGGGAUGUUGAAGGAAGCUAUGACCUACACUGUGUUGAGUCUAUUUGUGGUUGUCAUUCUUUCGCUAAGAUAUUAAAAAGAGGAUUCAAUGCAAUUGCUGACAAUCAUAAAGAAGAGGCUAUCCAGCAUAUUGCAGCAUUCUGUGUUAGAUAUUUGCAAUGUGAAAUAAACUGUGUUCCACAUGAACUACAGUAUGAAUUCUUUAGAUCUAUAGAAGAGGAGCUUGUUCUCAGAAGUGAUGAAGAAGACUGGAACUGGAUGGACUGCGCUGUGGUAGAUUCUCUCCCUUACAUGUACUUUCUACAAUACAAGACCUAUGGCUAUCUUGGGAGACAAGAUGAUAAGAAAACUGCACUCUCCAACCUCGUCAAAACCAUUGACCAGGAACCAAACCUUCGACACAGGGAAACAGCCUUAAACCUACUUGGACAAUGUAUGGAGGAAGAGGACCGGGCAGUCGAUGCUUUACGUUGUUAUUCAAUCUCCCUGGACAAGAGGGGGGAAAACAAUGCAGCUAAAAUUCACCUUUGUAGACUUCUUUCUAAAAUUGCAAACAACUGAUUACUCAUUUAAAUUAUUGGGGGGACUAACUUUAGUGGAUUUCGUUGUAGUGUCAAUUCAUAAACUUAAAUCUCAGUGAAGCAAACUUCCUUUUGAUGUAAUCUUGAAAUCCGAUAAGAAGUAAUUGCUCUCGGCAAAACCACCAUAUUAUAAGUGAAAUUAAAUGAUUUUGAAAAGAAGAAAUAAAUUAGUACACAAUAUCGAACAUUUUGAUACCAAACUCAACUGGUAGGAGAAAAAUCUGGACAGAGAUAAACCAGCACAUUUGUAUAAAGCAAAUAUGACGUUGCUUAAUUAAAACCAAAACUAUUUCAUCCAAUGCAAUAACAAUGUCAGAAGGGAUAAUUUUUACUGCGUUUGUCUCUGGGUUGCGGAUCAAGCAGUUACCGGUGGGGUCUGGUAAAACACAUAAUUCAUCUUAUAACAAUAUCAAAAUUUCAAGAAUAAAGUAUCAAGAAAAUUCUACCAGACUGUUUUUAAAAUUGAUUCAGCUCUGGUACAACAUUUAUGAUGCAAUUUUUAUCUAGACAUACCGAGGUCACAUUAUUGAGUCGGGGUAGAAAAAAACAUUUUGAUAAUGGAAUGUAAAGUUCUAACUAAAACGUUUGUGCAAACAUAGUCUCACAUAUCAUAACAAUCAAAAAUCUAAACAUACAUUUUAUAUGUAUUGCCCAUCAAUACAAAGUGCCUUCACCAGGAUGGGGUUAAUUAUCUAAAAUGCAGUAUGAGCUAUGACAUUAUGUAAAUACAAUAUUAUGCUUUCAUACAAUUUUUAUAAUGUUCUAUAUAUUUCAUAUGUCUAGAUUUGCAAAUCUGAAAAAUUGCUGUUGUUAAUUACUUUUAAAUAUUCAUUGAUUAAUAUAUAACAUCUUAGUUGUGAUAAGAAAUAUUUAUAACUGGGUUGUAAAAUUAAAUUACAUGUAUUACUACAAAUGUAUUUUUAACUAACCCUUCAAAUGAAAUUGCCUUCAGAUGAAUGUCAGAAUAUCAUAUAUAUUAAAACAUAUAAAUAAACUUGAGUAUAAAUACUCAUAAAACAAUAUUAUUUGUAAUACAGGUCCUGUACCACUCAUGUAAGAACCUAUUUCAUCAUUUGACCCAGUGGUCCAGUUUCUGACCUGACAUAACCAAGUUUCUAACUUGACCUAAGUUUUAUCAAGACAAACACUUUCACAGGAUAGAAUAUACAGCAUCUAUUUAAAUUGUAAAUGAAACUAGUUGCUGUUGUGCCUGUUAUUGGAACACCUUAAACACGAGUUUGACUGUAGUGAAGUUUUCUUGUUAAAACUAGAGCUAUCACUAAAGGAGAGUAAUACCCACAGACACAGCUUUGAUUCAGGGAAAGUAAAAAUGUUAUGACUUCUGACCUUCAAGUUUCAAAUGUUACCUUGACCUUGACUCUAAUGACCUGGGCUGUCUGUUCUGCGCGGUAUCUUGAUAAUGUUAACAACUGAUGCUAUGUGUAUGAAAAAACAAGAUAUGGAGAAAACAUAAAGAUAAGCUAUUUGACCUUUAUCAUCCAAGGAUGACCUUGACCUUUAACCUCCAAGUAUGACCUUAGACGUAAAGACUUGGGUAAUAUUCCCUCUGUACAUCCUCUUGAUAAGGUUAAUGAUUCUAGUUUUAUGACCAUCUUCCCAUUGGUUAAGAAGAUACGCAGCAGACUUGACGGUCGGACCAAUGGACAAACGUGACUCAGUAUAACCCCCAUAUAUUUUGUAUCGAGGGAUUAAUAAACAAGAGCUGUCACAGGAGACAGCGCACGCGACUAUUUCGAUGCUGGAUAG